AUUCUCAACAACUCUAUUCACCCCCCCUCUAGAGUUGCACACAUUGUCUAACAAUUGGUAUCGGAGCGGGUAUCUCUAACGCUCCUUGUGACGUUUGAGAAAACGAUCAAUUUUUUUUGAGAAUGUUGAACACAGGGGUAGGAGAAGGGCAAUUCACCAUAAGGCCGCCAUUUUUUGAUGGAACGAAUUACUCUUAUUGGAAGGAGCGUAUGAGAAUUUUUGUUCAAUCUAAUAACUUCAAAAUUUGGCUUGCUAUCAAGAAUGCAGAUAGCUUGCCAAUGAAGAAGAUAGGCGAUACACUCAUCCCUAAGGACGAGGAUGAAUAUGAUGAAGCCGAUCUUAAGAAGGCUCAAUUGAAUGCCACCGCCAUCAACUUCUUGUAUUGUGCUGUCAACACCAACGAUUAUCAAAAGAUAUCUCGUUGCCAAACCACCAAUCAAAUGUGGAACAAGCUCAUGAUCACAUACAAAGGUACGCCUCAAGUUCGUGAAUCAAAAAUUGAUUUACUAACCCAUGAAUAUGAGUUAUUUGCUAUGAAAGAGAACGAACUUGUGGAGGACAUGUUUGGAAGAUUUUCAAACAUCGUCAACGACCUUGAUAUGCUUGGAAAGACACUCACCGACAAAGAGUUAGUGAGAAAAAUUCUGCGAAGUCUUACCAAGGAAUGGGAGUCGAAGGUUAACUCCAUUUACGAAGGCCGAGAUUACAACGUCAUCACAUACGACGGUCUUCGAGCUUCUCCACAGCGCCUGCCUCCCCAGCGGCUGUCUCCCUGGUACACAUAUCCAGCCGCCACCAUGUCUGAGAAAGAAGCAACCUCCGACAAGUCUACCUCCUCCGCCUCCACUCCUCAUUUGGCGUUCACGGCCAUCUCUGACGUGAAGCUCCAUGUCCUGAUCUUAUUGAGUUUUACGGAGCCGAAGUACAAAAAGUGGAGCCGCCUAUUUCUUCUCUUGGUACGUCGUUUCUCCCUCGGUGACUUCCUCAUCGGAAAAUCAGCCCCGUCUAAUGCCGACGACGCCGAUUGGUAUCAACUUGAUGCACUUCUCCAAGGGUGGAUCCUUUCUACAAUCAAUGAUGAAGUCUCCGAUCUCGUGAUCUCCUCCACCGACUCGGUCGCGGAACUUUGGCGAUCCAUUCACUCUCUCUUCCAUGAUAACAAACCCGCCCAAGCCAUGCAGUUGGAACAUCAAUUCCAGACCACGAGGAAAGGCUCUCUGUCCAUCUCGGCAUAUUGUCAAACCCUUAAGAACAUCACCGAUUGGUUAGACGACGUAGAUGCCCCCAUCUCGGAACAACUUGUGCUACAAGUUCUUCGGGGGCUGCCGGAUGACAUGCGGAAUCAAACGUCUUUCCUGCAGUUUCAAACACCGCCUCCGAUGUUCCUUCAAACCCGCUCAGCCCUCCUCCUCUUAGAACGUCAAAGAUCAGACUUGGAUGCCGACUUUCCCACCGGCACGGCCCUUCUCUCGGCCGGCACGGCCCUUCUCUCGGCCGGCAGCCCUGGCGCCAUCCUUCACAACCUCGCCGGCGGAAGCCGCGGGCCCCACAGCAGCAGCAGCGGCCAGGGACAGCACAACACAACGGCGGCAGUGGACGUGGCCGUGGCGGUCACCGCAACCGCGGUCGAGGCUCUCGCCCAAACCCACACUCAUAACUCCAAAGCUCUCGCAAUGGAGGGGGUUGAGGCCCCCGCUAGCUCUCGCCAGAGGUCAAUGACCACCGUGCACACGUUUUUAACCCUCGAGACCACCGGAUGAACGACGUCACCCGCGUGACCUUGCUUCUAAUGUCAAUCUGAUUACUUAUUUCUAAUUCACAACUCAACUAAGAUUUGACUGGAUACAUACACUAGGUGACAUAUUUCACAAUUCUAUUCAAUAUACAAUUUAUUACCAAUUCAUUAUUUUAUAAAUAAUGGACUUAAUUACGGUCAAAGUACGAAGUAGGACCAAAUUGUAAACUAUUUAGAGAUCCCGGGCCAAUUUGCAAUUUUUUUUAAAAAAACUAAAACUCUUGUUCUGAAAACCCUCCUGUGCCAGAAAUCAGUAGCAGCGUACUCUAACGGUGAAAACCGGCGGCGACCAGGACGAACUCCCCAUCGGCGGCCAAACAAAAUAGGGCAGAAAAGAACGCGCAAUAAAGCAGGAAGAACAUG